UCAACAAGCGGAGGGAUGCGCGGCUGUUGCUGAAGCUCCUGCUCUCACUGCUGGUAUUUUACCUACGUCGCAUUAAAGCAAUAGUCACUGGGUAGUUUCUUUGACGUCUUUUGGGAUGUUGCUACUACGUACAAUUUCCCCGUUAAGAAGGUGUUUCCGUAGCUUGCGUUGUACUAGUGUUAGCUAACGGCAGCUAACCACAAAGGCGUUCCAGUCAGUUACUAGCCGAUGUUAGCUAACAGUAACUAGCUUGCUAACAACACAGCCGGUGAGGACGAGCACAUCCUCGCGCAGCCAUACUCGGGUUAAUCUCCGCUGGCUCGCUCCGCGGGCUAUGUUAGCUGGUUUGUGGUAGGAAUUUAUCCGUAACCCAAGUCAAGUGGUUUUGUUAGCAGCUGCCACUCAUGACUAGGAUACUUCAAGCAACGUCUCCGCAUAGCUGGGUCGUUGGCUGCUUGUUUUUCAGCUAGCCACGGCAGAGCGUCGGUCACAUACAGGGAUGGUGGCGGUAGCAAAACGAGCUAACGUUACUCCCUCUCUGUGAAGAAGUGAGUGAAAGAAGUGAGGGAACACUUCAGCCAAGCGGGAGUUCUCAGUGCUGUUUAUGUUAAUUGUAAUUCCGGGGUGGAUGACGCGAGGACCAACCUGACAACCCUUAAGAACGUCUGAACCGAAACUAGGAAUAUUGCGAACAGAUCGAAGGGAUUAUUUUUGUGUCUCUAAGUGGAUUUCGGCCUCUUGUUCAGGAUCGUCGUGGGAACACAGAAAGUGAUUUGACAUUGAGUGAGCCCACUCCUACAAAAUAUCCUCUCUCCCGCCGACCUUCACCCUCCGAUGCGGAGAUUUCAGUAGCACCGGCAACCAAAUCCCCCAAGGCGGCCGGACAUGCUGAAGUGUAUCCCCUUGUGGCGCUGCAACCGCCACGUCGAGUCGGUGGACAAGCGGCACUGCAGCUUGCAGACAGUCCCUGAUGAGGUAUUCCGCUACAGUCGCAGCCUGGAAGAGCUUCUCCUCGAUGCCAACCAACUAAAAGAGCUACCAAAGCCUUUCUUCAGACUACUGAACCUCCGGAAGCUCGGCCUGAGUGACAAUGAGAUCCAGAGACUCCCUCCUGAGGUGGCCAACUUCAUGCAGCUGGUGGAACUGGACAUCUCGCGAAACGACAUUCCUGAAAUCCCCGAGAGCAUUAAGUUCUGCAGGGCCUUGGAGAUCGCAGACUUCAGUGGAAACCCCCUGUCUAGAUUGCCAGAUGGCUUCACUCAACUCCGAGCGCUGGCUCACUUGGCACUCAACGACGUAUCAUUGCAGACGUUGCCCAACGACAUUGGAAACUUGGCCAACCUAGUGACGCUGGAGCUCAGGGAGAACCUGCUGAAGUCACUUCCCACGUCGCUCUCUUUUUUGGUGAAACUGGAACAGCUGGACCUGGGCAGCAAUGAACUGGAAGUUUUGCCGGACACCCUCGGUGCUCUCCCCAACCUGAGGGAGCUAUGGCUGGAUCGUAACCAGUUGUCCUCAUUACCACCAGAGCUGGGGAACCUCCGGAGACUGGUGUGUCUGGAUGUGUCAGAGAAUCGUCUGGAGGAGCUUCCCUCAGAGCUUAACGGCCUCCUCGCUCUCACUGACCUGCUGCUCACACAGAAUCUGCUUGAGGUCGUCCCAGACAGCAUAGGCUGCCUGAAACAGCUGUCCAUCUUGAAGGUGGAUCAGAACAGACUGACCCACCUGACUGACUCAAUAGGAGAGUGUGAAAACCUCACAGAACUUGUCUUGACCGAGAACCUUUUACAGUCACUUCCUCGCUCGCUGGGCAAGCUGAAGAAGCUGACCAACCUGAAUGUAGACCGCAACCGUUUGGGCAGCGUGCCCAAAGAGCUGGGCGGCUGUGCCAGCCUCAACGUUCUCUCACUGAGAGACAACCGCCUGGGCAAACUGCCUGCUGAGCUUGCAGAUGCCACUGAGCUGCAUGUGCUGGAUGUGGCUGGAAACAGAUUACAAAACCUGCCUUUUGCCCUGACAAACCUCAAUCUGAAGGCCAUGUGGCUCGCAGAAAACCAGUCACAGCCAAUGCUCAAGUUCCAGACAGAGGAUGAUGAGCGCACAGGAGAGAAGGUGUUGACCUGCUAUUUACUACCCCAGCAGCCUUCUCCGAGCCUAGAGAACUUGCUGCAGAACAGUGUGGAUGACAGUUGGACAGACAGCAACCUGAACCGAGUGUCAGUCAUUCAGUUCCAGGAAGAGACCAAAGCCGAGGAGGAGGAUGACGAGGCUGCUGCAGAGCGCAGAGGCCUUCAGCGCAGAGCCACACCGCACCCAAGUGAGCUGAAGGUGAUGAAGAAGGUGAUCGAGGAGAGGAGGAAUGAAGCUUACACAUCCAGACCUGAUGGGGAGGAAGAGACUGUUGAUCCACAAGAGAAGCGGCUCAGUGAUCUGUCCAAUCAGAGCCAUGACUCUCAGGUGUCCAAUAGCACACUGUCGGCCACCUCCCAUGAGGACAGACACAAUGUUACUGCAGCCUCACAGAGGGAAGACUUUGUCGAUGGCCACUCCCCUCAGGAGGAGGAAGAGUUGGAUGAGAUGGAGGUGGAGUACAUUGAGCCCACUGUGCACUUUGCUGAGGAGCCCAUCAUCCGUGGUGGGGACGAGGAAGAUGAGGAGGACGGGGAAGAUGGUGAGAGGAGUGACGUAGAAGACGAGAGGCCGGCCUUUCCCGCAGAGAAGCAGCGUCUGAUCAGGAAGGACACGCCACACUACAAGAAGCACUUCAAAAUCACCAAGCUGCCAAAGCCCGAGGCUGUGGCUGCGCUGCUGCAGGGCUUCAGUCCCGAUGGCCAUAACUCUCCGACACAGGCUGCUGAGGAUGAGCAGGACGAGGAGGAAGAGCAAAGUCUAUGCACCCCUCGGCAUCAUCACAGAAUGGAGGACCUUGAUGACAGCCGGCACCAGGUCAACUCCAGUCAAGUAAAGGGGGUGUCAUUUGAUCAAGUCAAUAAUCUGCUGAUUGAACCUGCUCGAAUUGAGGAGGAAGAGCACACCCUGACCAUCCAGCGACAAACAGGCGGCCUGGGUAUCAGCAUUGCUGGAGGGAAAGGAUCUACACCUUACAAGGGAGAUGACGAGGGAAUCUUCAUCUCCCGAGUAUCUGAGGAAGGUCCUGCAGCCAGAGCAGGGGUGAAAGUGGGCGACAAACUCCUAGAGGUUAAUGGAGUGGACCUCCACGAGGCAGAGCAUCACACAGCUGUUGAAGCUCUCCGUAGCUCCGGCGCUACAGUUUCCAUGACCGUGCUGCGUGAGCGUAUGGUGGAGCCAGAGAACGCCAUCACCACCACGCCACUGAGGCCAGAGGACGACUACUUCCCACGGGAGAGACGGAGCAGUGGCCUCGCCUUCAACUUAGAGACGAGUCCCAGUGGGCCUCAACAGCGGCUCUCCACCUGCCUGAUCCGAAACGAUAAGGGGCUGGGAUUCAGCAUCGCAGGAGGCAAAGGCUCCACACCCUACCGCACAGGAGACACGGGAAUCUACAUCUCUCGCAUCGCAGAAGGGGGAGCGGCGCACAGAGACAGCACGCUGCGUGUAGGCGACAGGGUGAUCUCUAUCAAUGGUGUAGACAUGACAGAGGCCAGGCAUGACCAGGCAGUAGCGCUUCUUACUGGCACCUCCCCCACCAUCACCCUCCUGGUGGAGCGAGAUCCGAAUGCACCAGGGGGCUCUCCAGGUCACUCGCGGGCACGAGCCCACUCCCCUCCACCCCCAGAACCCUCAGAUUCACCAGACCAGGAGGAAGAAGGCCUUUCCCUUCAUGGGAACCACCUGAGCCAAAUGGAGGACGAGUAUCCCAUCGAGGAAGUGACCUUGGUGAAGUCAGGUGGCCCUCUAGGCCUGAGCAUCGUGGGAGGCAGUGAUCAUGCCAGUCACCCAUUCGGCGUCAAUGAACCUGGGGUGUUCAUCUCAAAGGUCAUUCCUCAUGGUCUAGCAUGUCAAAGUGGACUACGUGUUGGGGACCGAAUAUUAGAGGUGAACUCCAUUGACCUACGUCACGCCACACACCAGGAGGCUGUGCGAGCCCUGCUGGCCAACAAGCAGGAGAUCCGUAUGUUGGUACGGAGGGACCCUUCACCACCUGGGAUGCAGGAAAUUGUGAUCCAGAAGCAGCCAGGGGAGAAACUUGGCAUCAGUAUUCGUGGAGGAGCUAAGGGUCAUGCAGGAAACCCCUUUGAUGCCACAGAUGAAGGCAUCUUUAUCUCUAAGGUGAGUUCAAGCGGUGCAGCAGCAAGAGAUGGCCGACUGCAGGUUGGCAUGCGCAUCCUGGAGGUGAACAACCACAGCCUGCUGGGGAUGACGCACACGGAGGCAGUGCGAGUGCUCCGUGCUGUAGGAGACUCCCUGAGCAUGCUGGUGUGUGACGGCUUCGACCCACGAAAAGUGGCUGCUGUGGAGGCAUCUCCUGGCAUCAUUGCCAACCCGUUUGCAACAGGAAUUGUCCGUAAGAACAGUAUGGAAAGCAUCUCUUCUAUAGACCGAGACCUGAGCCCAGAGGAGAUGGACAUCAUGCAGAAGGAAUCUGAGAUGGUGAGAGAGACAUCACAGUGGGAGCGAGAAGAGAUGGAGAAAGUGGAGCGUAUGCGCUUGGAGCGAGAGGAGGCAACUCGCCUGCUAGAAGAGGAGACUGAGAACAUUGGCACUGGACCUCUAAAACUUGACUACAAGACCCUGGCAGCACUGCCCACCACCAGUCUGCAGAAGCUCAACAGGGCGCCUCCUUCUGAUUUCACCCGGACCGACAGCCCAAUCAGGGAAGCACCCUACUCUCCCACGAUCCAACCGGCAAACAUUCAUUACGCCUCCACUCCUAAUGCCAAGGACGACACUACGUCAUCAACGCGACCGGGUGCCAUCCAGCCAGUCGGGCGCGUGCGGCAGAGUCCCUCCCCCGCCACUCCGGAAGGCCACAGUCCCAACCCCUUUCAGCAUGGCCCCUCCCCCUUCAACUCCCAGACCUCUGACCUGUAUGGUGUGAGAAACAAUUUCCACCCAAAGCAACCAACUCCAGAGCCUGAGUUGAACAACGAGGUGUUUGAUGAUGACACUGAUGGUCAGGAGAGAGCUGGUAAGGGUCUGACCGGCACGGUCUCCCCCCGUCGGGAGUAUAUGAGCCUGGCAGCAGUGCCUCGACUCUCCAGGCCCUCCACAGAGCUGCAGAGUCCUUCUCCUGGUGGUAAGGACAGCCCAGAGCAGCGCUCUUUCAGGGACCGGCAGAAGUAUUUUGAGAUUGACGUGAAGCAGCAGACUCCAGACAAACCCAAACCUCGAGUCUCUCUUGUCGGAGAAGAUGACCUCAAGAAAAUGAGGGAGGAAGAAGAGAGGAAGUUUGAGCAGCGGGCGCGGGAGUACCUGCUGGAUGAAGAUGAGGAGGACGAGGAGGAGGACCUGGCUAAGCAGAUGGCGCAGAUGAAGGCCUCUGGCAAAGUGUUGCUGGACGGAGUGGAGUACAAGGUGGAGCCAGUAUCCACCCCACUGCAGCACUGCUCCACGCCACCAAGCUACAAUGUCACACCACCCAGCUACUGUGGCAGCUCAGGUGCUUCCUCUGUUGAUGGUAAGGGAGACUCUCAGAGGAAUUCACUGGAGGACAGCUUCAGGCUGGAGCAGAGGCCCAAUUCCAUGACUGGUCUGAUCCCGGCGUACCAAGGGGAGUCGGCUGCUCCCAUCCGCACGGCCAAAGCAGAGCGCAGGCAUCAAGAGAGACUUCGUAUGCAGAGCCCCGAGCUGGCUGUGGCCCCCGACAAAGACCUGUCUCCCGCUGAGAAACGAGCUCUGGAGGCUGAGAAGAGAGCCAUGUGGAGGGCAGCACGAAUGAAGUCUCUGGAGCAGGAUGCAUUGAAAGCCCAGAUGGUCAUCGCAAAGUCUCGGGACGGGAAGAAACGUGGCACACUAGACCAGCUGACGGAGUCGCCCUCACCCGCCCCCACACCCUCUCCCACACCUAUGGAAGAGCUCAGUCCUCGAGGACUUACCUCUCCAGGCAGGCUGUCCCUGUCGUCAAAGAAGUUUGACUACCGACAGUUUGCUGCCAUUCCUUCUUCCAAACCCGUAUACGACAUCCAGUCCCCUGGAACAGUCGAUGACAUGCAGUUCAUCGACGACGGCUCCAGCAACCCAGGGCCCGCUGCAAGUCCUGAGACCGAGGUACCCACCGUGCUGCCUGCCACCUCAGCCCUGGAGGAGAUGGCUUUGUACAGCAACAAGCGCAAACUGAGGCAGGGCCGCCGCAGCCUGGAAACGGCCGUGCCCACGUAACACCUCACACUGAGAGAAGAAAUCCGAAGACAAAAUGCGAACACACACACGUUUAAAUACACUGUGGAACACUGGCAAAGCGUGGGUGCAUCCACAGGAGGUGCAGAGUCACUUAACACUACACAGUGUCAGUAGAGCGAGAUUUACUCUCCUAUAUAUAACCACUGCAGAGACUACAAUAGUCACCACACAUACACACUCACUUAUAUCCUGCGUGCCAGUCUUGCCUAUAGUCUGGAUCAGUUGGCAAGUUGCUCAAUGGUCCCUCAAUGGCAAGAAAGAGCUAGUGUGGUUAGCUAGGAUUGCUACUUACAGGCCAUUCUUCUUUUUUUGUUCUACACUCGGUUCACCAAGUAGAAGCUGAUCUAUUUUGAAAAGAAGGUGGCCGAAAUCUUUAGUAUUUUAUUUUUCGCACCUCCGAUGAUUUUGCUGUUUUGAAAAAGACGUACUGGAACAGAAAAGAAAUGGGUCAUAGCUAUACUAACGAUAUUUUUAGGCUUUCAGUGAAUAGAUUGUAAAAUGUCAGGGGUUUCUUGAGCAGACAGGAGUGUACAUAUUAAUUAAGGAGGGAACAUCCUGCUACCUUCACAGUCACAUUAUUGAGCUGUUUUUUUUUUUUUUAAACAGUACAUAUCUUUUUUUGCACUGCCACAGAUCAGCUGUUUAAGAGCAUAUAUCUUAAAUAAUUUAUUGUUUUUAUCGUUUUACUAAAAUUGAAGGCCUUCUAUUUUACACUGUUUUUAACCCAUUCAGUUCUUUUGGGCAUAAAGCGCAUGACUGAUGCUUAUCAUAAUUUAUCAUGUCAAUGAUUGUUAUGGCUCAUUAAGUGCGUAUCACUUUAUAUCAUUGAAUCUACUUUAUAUACACUUAUGAAUCCCCCAGGGGUUUUUGAGAGAAGCAAAUCUUCAAAUUAUGUUAUGCUGCUGCACAUCAGUGUCAUAACACAGCGAGUCAGACAGGAAAGUUGGUGACUCUGGUCUCACUCCAAAGAGUGUCUGUCCAGGUUUAGUGACUGUGUUACAUUCCCCUUGUAGAUAAUAUGACUACACUGGAGGCAGCAGCAGCAGUAAACUGGCAGUUUUACAGAUGAACAGUUCAGAAUAUCAAAUAUAUAAUAAGUUUGGCAAUAUGCAUUUUUAGCAUCAUUUACUAAUUAACGGUACUUAACCCUGCCCUGGGUAUUCGGGUAUUGUUUUUCAAUCAAUGUGAAUCAUUUAUUUCUGUCCUUGAAUCAUCUGGAGGUAUUCCAGAGUGACGUGAAGGUAGCAGGUGUUUUAUUUUUCUGUCUAUGGUUAAUUUAAAUCUGAUGCCACUGAAAAAUCAUUUAUUAUUGUGUGAAUAAUGUACAAAUACUGAAAGGAAAGCAAACUUUGGGUUUGAAACUGAGCCAGUCUUGACAUAGACCAAGCGAGUGUCUGGACUGCUGACGCAUCUGGGUUUGGACAGGCUUGGUAUGGGGACGCUCUCUGCAUGUAUAUUGGUUUGUCAAUGGGAGAGCUGAGAGAGGCAGAACCAAUUAGAAAUCUCUCAACACAUUGAUCUCAUUCAGACAUUCAGUUCACUGCUCGACAUACUGUCAGUUUAUGUAUCUGAUGGGUAUUUUUGCAGAAUCACAGCAUAGUAACACUUGUGUUAAUUUAAUGUAGGGUCUUCUAAUGAUAGCUUUCCAUGUUGCUCUCACUGACUGAAAUUCAGUUUGUUUGAUAACAUUUGCAAUGGCUGAUAUCUCCUUUUUUAACUUACAGUAGGUAAUUUCUUUUUUUUUCAGAUGGGUUUCACUACAUUAUUAAUGCAGUGUUUCAAGUUUUUGUGUUUAUUCUUUUGUCUUGAGUUCUCUUCGGGGGCUUUUACUUGCAAAUAGGUUUGAGGGAAAGGGUCAGAAGUUCUAGGGUCAAGGGUUAGAGCUCAUACAAGACUGUAACUAGUGAAUUUGUACAACCAAAGAAGUCUAUUUUGUGGUUCAGGAAUAAUAAAUUUUACUUUUCAUUAAGCUGA